AUGUCUCAGUUUUCCAGCUGUUCUGAAGAGAAAGCUGAUGUUGAUAAGAAUAAUAAUGAUAGCACAGAAAAUGGUCACAAUGAACAUAUAGAGAAUAAUCAAAAGGAUACCACUUCUGUUGAAAAUUCACAACUUGCUGAGUCGAAUGACAUUGAAAACUCUAGUAACAGUGUAAUAACAAAUAAUGAUGAAGCCUUAGAUAGUCGAUUACUACAAUAUCCUAAUUAUGAAUCACUAGAUCCACAAACAAAAAUCCAUUUAAAACAAUUUUUAUCUUGUUGCCAUAAUCAAUGGUUUCAAGAAAAAAAAGCAUUGCUAAAAUUGAUAAGAGAUAGAAAUGAUGAAAAGAUUAAUGUCAUCAAUGAAUUGGACGUGUUGAAACCUUAUUUAGAGAAAGUGUCGCGACAAAGAAAUGAGUAUUAUAAAGAGUUAAUAGCCUUGCGUGAUGAAAAUAAAGUUAUGAAAUCUACAGACAAUGAAAUGAAUAAAGUUGUAGCAUUGUUGGAGAAAAAAAUUGAUACUCUAUCUAAGGAACUUAUGACAGAAAGGAAUAACUUUCUCGAUAAUCAAAGGAAUUCUCAAUUACAAUUGCAGAAACAGGAAGCUACUAUACUGUCUUUAAAAGAUCAAAAUAAAUUAAAGGAAUAUGAAAUAAAGACAUUGAAUCAAAAUGUCCAUAGUUUAGAUGAGCAAAACCAUAUUCAUUUGAAAAAAAUACAUAAUUUACAAAAUACUCUGAAGGAAAAUCAAAACCAGUAUGAGAAAGAUAUCACUUUACAGCAAAAGAUUACAGCAUCACAAGAAGAACAAAUACAUUCGCUAAAUUCUCAACUAAUCAGAUAUCAGAGGUCAGAAUCCUACUUCAAUAAAGUGGAUGGGUUAAUUCAGAAUAAUCACACUUUAAAAGAAGAAAAUGCUCGUUUGUCCCAUAUUAUAAAUUCAAAUAAUAUUUCCAAGUUAUAUGUUCAAGAAUUGGAACAAUUGAAGAAGGAUUUAGAUCAUGCAAAUUCCCGCAAAAUUGAUUUAGAGUCUCAAGUAGAACAAUAUAUAACUGAUUUAGAAACUCAGUUACCGACUAUUGAAAAUUUUAAGGAAGAAAUCCAGUCACUUAAUAAUAAACUAAAAGAUUCUAAAUUAUUGGUGGAAAAUAAAUGUGAGGAAUUAACCACAAAAGAACUUCAACUAGAAGAAAGUAACAAUCACAUUAUUGAAUUGAACAAUCAAAUUGAUACUUUGCAAAGAACAAAUACGGAUUUAGCUCACCAAUUACAAUACAUACUAAUUAAUUUAUCCAUUCGCAAUCGUAAAAACCCCCCAAUAUUGUCAGAAAAACAAUUGAUUUUUUUGAAACAAUUAAUAUCUAGUACAUCUAAUAGUAAAGGCAUAAAUGAUCAUGAAGAUAUCAAUCUUGUAGAUUCGCAACACAUAAUAUCAGAGGAAUUAGUCGAAUUCAAGGAUAUAGUUGGACUACAGAAAAUGAAUAUAAAAUUGGUAAAUACAGUAAGAUCCCUAUCAGAUAAAUUAGAAACGCUUGAAGCUGAAAAAGAAACUAAUAAGGAUAACUUUCAAAUUAUUAACGAUGCAAAGAGUGCGUUAUUAAAAUUACAGAACUAUACAAGUGAAUUGGAAUUUAAGAUCAAAGAUCUAAACCAACAAAUAAAAUUACAUAUAGAUACUAUUGAGAAACAAGAUAUUGAAAAACAGCACUUAAAGGAAGAAUUGACGAAAUUACAAAAUUUUGAAAUAUUACAAAAAGAAUUACAAACUACUAUUGAUAAAAACUUAGCAAAAAUUGAAUCACUAAAUGAGAAAGUUGGAAAUUUAGAGGUCAAGAGUGACGAAUUAAUUCUCGAAAAUAAGAAGACAGAAUCUUCAAAAGUAUUAUUACAGGACAGAAUCAAGAUAUUAGAAAAUUUGUUAGAGAUAUCUGAACAGGAAACUUCACAUAAUAGGAGUAGAGUUCAAAGUUUAAGUAGUUUACUGCAGAAAGCUGAAUGUGAGGUUAUUGACAUUAAGAAGGAGCAUAAUAAUUGUGUCAGAAUAAAAAAUUCUUUAAGCCACGACAUUGACUUAAAAACAAUAGAGAUUAAAAAAUUGAAUCUUGCGGCUGAAAUAAUGAAGCAAAGAGAGGAACAAGCAAAUGAGACUAUAGGUUUGUAUGAGGCUGAAUUAAUAUCAUUGAAAUCUAAAAUGUCAAACAACGAUAUAGAAAUAACUAAUUUAUCACAACAGCGAGACCAACUAGAAUUAUUGAAUAAGAAAUUGAUUGAAGAACUCAAUGAUCAAAAUUCUUUGAAGUUGCACGAGGCAGGUAAUCAAAGCAAUAAUUUGAAGUGGUAUCAGAAGAAUAUAGACCUGUUAAAGACAGAAAAACAACAUUUGAACCAACGUAUUAAUGAAAAAGACAAUAUUAUUAAUGAAUUGGAAAGAUCCAUAACAAGUAUAAAUAAUAAUCUUGAAAGUGUGAAAUUAUCCUUUGAAAUGAAAGAAAGAUUAUCAAAAGAAGAUAUUGUUACAUUGAAUCAGCAAAUUUCUAAUUAUAGACAAAAAAAUAUAGCUCUAACUGAUGAAUUAAAUGCUGUGAAACAUUGGAAGAAUGAAAAUGAAGGAAAAUUCAUUGAUAUGAAUAAUAAGUUAUCAGAUAUGGAAAAUGACUAUGAAAAAAAGAUAAUAGCCUUAAAUAGUGAUUUAACUAUGAAGAAUAAAGAAAUAAAUUCUUUGCAAGCAAGCAAUGAUAAUCUACUUAGAGCGCAAAAAGAAGUUCAGGCAAGAGCGAAUGAAUUGUCAUCAAGGAUUACAGAUUUAUCUAAUAAGGAAGAAGAUUUGUUAAAGACAAUUGAAAGUAAUAAGUUAGAAAAAGAUUCAUUAAAUCAAAAAAUUAUUCAUUUAGAAAAAUCAUAUAAUGAAGUAAUAUCUAAGAAAGAUUUAGCAACAAAAGAAACACUAGCAUUAAAAAAUGACAUUGAAGGAUACAAGUUGAAAUUAGAACAACUUCAACAAACUGUUGACGAAUCUUCCAAGAUUUUAAGUGAGAAGGAAAUAGCUUGGAGAGAAGAGAGGCUUCAUUAUCAAAAAGAAAUAUCACAUUAUACAUCCAAGUUAUCUGUAUCAGAUGAUAUCAAUCAGAAUCAAGAAAAUCUUACGGAACAAACUAAUAAUAGUGGCAACCAUAUUGAUACAUCAGUAUUUGCAAAAUUGGUUGGUGAAAAAGAGGCACUUUGGAACCAAUUAGUGUCCUCUCAACAUGAAGAAAAAUUACUUCGUGAUGCUUUGGCAAAUACAAGAAAACAAUUGGGAGUGCUUUCAUCAGAUAUGGAGAAAGUAAAUAAGAUGAACGUAGUAUCUCAUUCAUUAGAACCACAGAUCUCUGGCACUACAGCAGUACAGAUGGCAUCACAGCUUGAAGAAUAUAAACAAAAGUCCUUGGAUGCUGAAGAUAGAUUUAAUAGAUUGAAAAAACAAGCACACGAGAAAUUGGAUCAAUCUAAAGGUGUUAUCAAUUCUUUGACUGCAGAGGUAAAUACAUUGAAAACAUGCAAUUCAGAGCUGCAAGAGCAUUUGAACGUUAGUGAGUCAAAGAUUAAUAUACUAGAAUCUAUUGUAAAAGAGGGUGAAAGUGAUAAAGCUACCAUUGAUAAUUUACAAAAAGAAUUGGCUUCGGUUUUAAAGAGAUCAAAAGAUCUUGAAACUAAAUUGAAUGAUAAUAUUCGUGUAUCAGAUAGUAUGAUAAAAGAGCUUAAUCAACAAAUUGAAAGUUUAACCACAGAAUUGAAUGCUUUAAAAGAGGAAAGUCAUUUAACAGAAAAAAAUAAUAUAUCAAAUAUCGUUGAAUCUAUGAAGAAGACAUUUGAGGAGGAAAAGAUAUUGUUUAUGAGUAAUCUUAAGAGGGAAUAUGAGAAUAAGUUAGCUGAAGUGAGGAAAUCCAUACCAGAAACUAUUUCCUAUGAUGGGAUAACAGAGGGUAUUGAAAAGAAUUUAAAUGAUAAAUAUAUAAAGUUGGCUGAAACAAAAUUGGAAGCUUUAAAAAAGAAUCACGAAGAAAAUAUGCAAAAAGUUCGAAGUAAAGCAUUUGAAGAGGGUAGACAACAGGUUUUGAUGAAAGUUACUUUAUUAGAAAGAAAGAUAUCUAAGUUAGAAUCUCAAUUAAAGGAUGACUCUCUGAAAGAAGAAACAAAAGAGGCAUCUAACAACUCUCUCGCAAUUGAGAAAACACCAGAAACUGUUAAUAUCAAUAAAUCAUCACCAUUUGCCAAGCCUGACAAUAACAGUGCUAAUUCUGCAAGUAAAUUAGCGUUCCCACUGUCAUUUCAAUCGACUCCUUCCAAUAUUAACCCUUUUACUUCACCUUUGGAUAAAAAUGUAUUUAUGUCGUCUGCUGGAAAUACUACAUCUAUGAUGAAACCAACAUUUUCUCUACAAUUGAUGGAUAGAACUGUUUCAGAUAUGAAUACUUCAGAGACAACAAAGAGUAGUUCAUCAGAUGAAAGUAAUAUUACUAACAAUUCUUUGAAAAGAUCAUCUGUUGAUGAACCCUCUCCUGAAAAUGUUAUUAAUAAGAAAAUAAAGGAAGAGUACAGGGGCAAGGAGGAAGAAGGAUCCAGCAAUGAGAAGAAAAAUGACAAAGAGGAUAUCUAG